AUGGCAUUCGCGAUUGCUACACUGUGGCGUACUCCUGAGAUCAAUUCAGUUAGCAGUAAAGCCAGGUCGGUCCCUGUCUUUAACCCAUUUAAUAUUUACGGACGGGUCUUUCUACUUUCCUGGUUCGGAUUUUUCAUAGCAUUUUGGUCCUGGUAUGCCUUCCCGCCUCUCCUGACGGUAACGAUCAAACACGAUAUUGGGCUCUCGCAGGCAGACAUUGCGAACUCGAACAUACUUGGCUUAGUCGCAACUCUUUUGGUUCGAUUAGGGGCAGGAAGUGCUUGCGAUCGCUUCGGGGCGAGGCGUACAUUUGCCGUCAUUCUCCUCGUCGGCGCUAUACCCACCGCUCUUGCAGGUACCGUUCAGACACCGGGCGGUUUGAUCGCCGUGCGAUUCUUCCUGGGAAUCCUUGGAGGCACCUUCAUUCCCUGUCAAGUAUGGACCACAGGCUUUUUCGACAAAAACGUUGUAGGAACGGCGAAUGCUUUGACUGCGGGUUUUGGGAAUGGUGGUUCCGGCGUUACGUACUUCCUCAUGCCAGCCAUAUUUGAUUCGCUAGUCCAGCAUCAAGGACUUACAGACCAUGUAGCUUGGAGAGUCACAUUUGUGAUCCCUUUCAUUCUUAUCACCACGACAGCGAUCUUGAUGAUCCUCACAUGUCCUGAUACCCCAACAGGCGGUUCAUGGUCUUCACGAUGCCGAGAUAUGCAGCGCCAGAUAGACAUGAGAGACACCUUCUUCACCACUGUCGGUGAUCGUAAUAAUCAUGCGCCGAGCCUUGACCUAGGAAAUAUUUCCAAUGACACAGUCAAACUGAACUCCAGCCGUGCAAGGGAUGACAGCUAUGGAGUGCAAUCACACGAAGACGAUCUUCUAGCGGCCGCAUCUUGGGAAUUGGUGGAAACUCCAACAUACCAGGGCACGGCUAGAGCAGUCUUCUCCCUUCCGACCGCCUUUCUUGUUGGAGCUUACUUUGCAACCUUCGGGACCGAGCUUGCUGUGAACUCGUUCCUCGGCGCUUAUUACCACAAGAAUUUUGAUGGUCUCGGUCAAACGGGAUCAGGAAACUGGGCGGCGAUGUUCGGCUUGCUGAAUGUUGUGUUUAGGCCCGCAGGAGGCAUCAUAAGUGACAUUUUAUAUUGGCUUACUGGUUCGCUGUGGGCUAAAAAGGCGUGGGUGUUUUUCCUCGGUUUGAUGACCGGCGCGUUUCUGCUAGUCAUUGGUUUGCUCGAUCCCAAGUCACUGUCCGUCAUGGUAGGCUUGAUGUGUGGUCUGGCAUUCUUCCAACAGGCUGCGAACGGCGCCUGUUUCUCCCUUGUCCCUCACGUCCAUCCAACCUCAAAUGGUGAGUCACUCUUAUAA